CCAAGGAUAUUCUACAAAUUCCAGCGAAGAUUUGAGACUGACGUCAGCGAAAUAAUGCGUCGAGACGAUCACAAGGCGUAAAAUCAGUGACAGUGAUUUAGAAGGGAAUCGACCUUAUCGUUUUAACUCGGAGUCUGCUAUGGACCUACCCUUUCGAUGGCGGCUGUGGGGACGGUGUACGGCUGGACGACGACCUCUCUCUCGCGACUCACGUCCAAAGAAGAAAAAGGUAUGCCGUUACAUUUGACGGACGACGAAGGUUCGUGGAUUGUUUCAUUGACCGUGAUCGGUUCAAUGAUAGGCCCGUUUCUGGGCGCUUGCCUGGCCGAUCGUUUCGGUCGCAAACGGUGCCUGAUGCUCUCCAGCGGCUUCUUCAUUCUCGGUUGGCUAUUGGUACUGUUCGUUAACACCGUAGCGACGCUCUACGUCGCUCGAGUAAUUCUCGGUAUCGGCGUCGGUAUUUCUUACACAACGAACCCUAUGUACGUUUCCGAGGUGGCCGAUACGAAUAUCAGAGGUGCCUUGGGAACUCUGAUCGCGGUGAACGUGUUCACCGGCUCGCUGCUCACUUGCAGCAUAGGCCCCUGGGUCUCGUACAAAGUACUAGCCAUGAUCCUCUUAGCGAUUCCGAUUUUGUUCCUCGCGUCGUUCAUCUGGUUCCCCGAGAGUCCGUACUUCCUCGCGUCCAAAGGGCGCAGAACCGAAGCCUGCGAGUCUCUGGCGUUCUUCAAAGGAAUUCGCGAUCCGAACGAUCCCGAAGUGAAGAGAGAACUCACCUUAAUCCUCCGCGCACUCUCCAAGCAAGGCUCGUACAGAUCUCAAUCGUCGACGAGUCCCACCCACAGCAUGGAGAUAAUCAAGCACACCUGGCUAGCCAAAUUACGGAUGCUUUUCUUACCGAACAAUUUAAAGGCCCUCUGCAUCGUGCUCGGAUUGAUCGCGGCGCAGCAGCUCAGCGGGAACUUCAGUACCAUGCAAUACUUAGAAGUCUUGUUCAAGAGAGCUGCGGUCGGGAUUGAUUCGAACAUAGCUACCAUCGUCGUGUUGGCCGUAGGCCUCGUCUCAGGCGCUAUGUCCAUGGCCACGGUGGAAGGUGCUGGCAGAAGGCCUUUAUUAAUGAUAUCCACGUUCGGAUCCUUUUUGACUCUCGCCGUACUCGCCAUAUAUUUGAUGCUGGAGAGUAAAGGGGUGAACGUGUCCGCGGUGGGCGUUCUCCCCGUCGUGGACGUGAUCGUGUUCCAAGUCGCGUUCCAAAUCGGUCUCGGCACCCUUCCUAAUGCCCUCAUCGGCGAACUGUUCCCCACGGAGGUGAAAGGAGUCGCCGGCGCUCUGGUUACGAUAUUCGACGGCACCCUCGGCUUCGUCGUGUCGAAAUUGUAUCAAGUCAUCGGCGACAGCCUCGGUCCUUUCACGGUAUAUUACUUCUUUUCGAUUUCUUGCUUGUUGGCGUUCUUCCUGGUAGUCGUGUUCGUACCGGAGACCAGGGGGAGGACGUAUCGCGAGAUUCAAGCGUUGCUCGCUGGAGAGAGACUCAGCGACGUCGAAGAGAGGAGCAGAAACGACGCGCCUGAGAAUAUUUCAGUAUGA